AUGAAGGCGGUUCCAAUGCUGGUGGUUGCAAGGACGGCUGCAACGCCGGAAAAUUGGCGGCACAUCCGUUUCUCCGGUCUCGGACCUGGACCGCUUCGAGCUGCAAUCGGCGACGCCGAUGCGUGUUGCUCCUGCACCCUACGCUCGCACCGACCACCACCUCGUUCGCCACGUCCCUCCUCGACUCGCCGGCCUUGUCGUUCUACGACGCCGCCACCAUCACUUCAAGCGGCACUGAGGAGCAGGCACGGUAUUCCUCGCCGUCUGCGCGUCUUCGACCUUCCCUACAGAUCACCAUCUCUCAGGCAGCUCCAUAUCGCACCUUGCAUCUUGCUUCGCUUCUCCGUACCUACUCACAACACUGCUCGGGAUACCGACAUGACGUCUGCUGGAGCGGCGAAAGACACCAGCAAUGGUGUGGCUCCGCUGCAGCAGCUGCUCAGCUCGGCCAACGCACCUCUCAGGUACACCAUCGCCCAGGCUUCCUCGUGGUCAGGCACCUACCAUCCCAGCAACAUCCUGCACAAUCGCCCGCACGAGAUGUACUCCCGCUGGUCCGGCUCCUCCCAGCAUGCUGUCAAUUCCGCUUCCAACGCCGCAACCUCGUCCACCGGCACAGGCAUGGGCGUCAAUCCAUCCAGCUACCUCACCAACUCGUCCAAUCCCGCGCUCGCUUCCACAAACAAUCUCGUGCCUCCCUCAUCCUCCAGCAACGCAUCUUCGCCUUCUUCUUCAGCUGCCACCCUCGCCGGAGGCCCAUCCGCUUCCAGUCGCAGGACGCCCAACGCGCCCGUGGCGAGUGGUACCCCGAACGGCCAAUCGCAGAAGCAGUACAUCAUCCUCAAGCUUGACAAGCUCAGCAUCGUGCGCUCCAUCACGUUUGGCAAGUACCACAAGCCUCAUCCCUGCAAUCUGCGCGACUUCAAGGUCUACGGCGCCACCAGCAUCGACAGCCUCUUGCCCUCUUCCUCCGUCAAUGGUCGUCCGCCAGCCAGCAAGCGUCUACUCCGCGGCGGACUCAAGAACGACGCCGUCCCCGAGACCUUCGAGCUGCGCUGGCUCGAGGAUGCAGCCACAGGCUCUGGCUCCGGCUCCUCCAUCGAAGCCUCCACCUUCCUUCCGGCAGACGGCGAGCCAGAUCGUCGCUCUGCCACCACCGCACUCGUCAAUACGGGCAACGCCGUCCCCUUUGCCAUUCGCUAUGUCAAGAUCGUGCCGCUUGCCGCACACACGCCCAACUACAACUUUUCCAUCUGGCACGUGGCGCUCGCAGGUGUCAGCGAACCCGCUCUAGUCUCUCGCGUCGCACGCAGCUACGAGCAGCAUCGAGAAUCCACCGCGACACGCUUGAUCCUCAAACAUCUUCGAGAGCACGGUCAUCACACGGCGUUCCAAGCCUUGCUCCAAUCUUCUCGCCUCGCCCCUCCUCCCUCAGGUGAAGCGCCAAAGCAACAGCCCAAGUUGCUCCCUUACAGCCCCUAUCGUCCCUUUGAACAUCCACUGCUCACCACCCUCUUUGACGCGCUCGUCCGCCGCGGCAGCUGGGACGAGGUCGAGCUCUGUCUAAACCGUGCUGCCUACGGCGACCUCGUCGAUCCCGCCAACAGCGGCUCGACUACGCCCAUGUCGCCAGGAGGUAGUAUCGGUGUUGCGUCCGCUUCCAUCGCAAGCCUCUCCCGCAGCGGAGUCUGGACGCAACCCUGGCAAAAGUGCAUGUUCUCCUCCUACAUCUCUCGCCAGAUCCCCAAAGCAAGCUGGUCCCAGAUCCAUCCAUCGGUCCUUCCGAGCAAUGCCACCAACAGCGCCGCCAGCGCACCUAAACCGGCUGCCACGGCUCCCUCAGGCAGAGGCGGUCAUGCCAUGGUGUUUGACGCGGACAAGGGCAUCGCUUAUCUCUUUGGUGGAUGGGAUGGCCAGCGUGACCUCUCGGAUUUGUGGGCGUACCACGUCAGCGACAACCGAUGGCGCUUGAUCUCCGCAGAUACACAACUUCAAGGCGGUCCCAGCCCGCGAAGCUGCCACAAGAUGUGCCUGGACGAGAAGAGCGGCUGCAUCUACCUUCUCGGCCGCUACAUCGACUACGACAGCGCACAUCACUCCGAAGCCGUCCCAGCCGACUCGAUGGCUCACGUUGCUCGCUCCGCCGGCGCCGCUUCCUCCUUGGCUGCGCUUCCCGUGACGCCCUCCUCAUCUACAGCACGCACCACCCGCGCCAAUUUCCUUGCGCGCUACCCAGAAUCCAUCGCUCGCGACAUUCACAUGAUCCUGGCCGACAGCUCCUCGCAGACAGACGAUGUCGGAAUGGAGGGCGCUGGCGUAGGCGGGCAGUCCCCGGCAGCGCGCGCGAUAUCGACCACAGGCGCAACAGGCUCCCGCGGUUCGACGCCGGCGCCAGCUUCCAAUUCCGAAGCCUCUCCUCUCCUCAUGGGCGGCGCUCUUGCCGACUCGAUCGGAAGAUCGCCGAGAGCUUCCUCGCGUCUUCAGAGCAGCGUCCGCUCGGAUUCGCAGCAGAGACCUCCCUCGCUCUCAUCCCCACCUGGUCGCGAAGCCGACUUUUUCCGUUUCUCGACUCGCGCCGAGAGGUGGGAGAGGUUAAGCGCCGACACGUACGCCGAUGGAGGCCCCAAGCUAAUCUUCGACCACGGCCUCGUCAUUGAUGCACAGAACCAGAUGAUGUACGUCUUUGGUGGUCGCGUCACCGAUCCGGACCCGGCCAAGUUUGAAUUUAGCGGCAUGUGGCGCUACGACAUCAUCCAACGCAGCUGGACCUUCCUCUUUGACGAUCGCACUUCCAAUGGCGCCAAAAUUCUCAGCAGGUCCGGCCACAGUAUGCUGCUCGAUAGCGGUCGGCCAGGCGCAUCCGGCAUCUCGCCGUCGCACACGCGGCAGAUUUGGAUUCUCGGAGGUCAGCGCGGAGCCUCCGCGACCUUCUUGGCCGACAUGUAUACGUACAACCUGGCUACGGGAGCGGUUCGCGAAGUGUCGCGCAACACAGCCCAGAACGGUCCCGAGGCUGCUUUCACACAACGCGCCACGAUCGAUGUGGCUGCGCGAGAAAUCAGUGUCUUCAUCGGUCUCAUUGGCGGUCGCAACGAGCGCAAGAGGAGCGCUUUUUGGAUCUACAGCAUCCCCCGAUCCUCGUGGAGAAAGGUGUAUCAGUACGAAGGCGGCAAGCAGUCCGAAUUUGCGUCGGAGGCCAUCAGUGGUCCCAGUGUUCCUGGGCUCGGGCUGCACGGUGGCGAUGACAGCUUGCUCGGCACUUCGGACGCGCUGGAUGUGGAUGGCGAGCUGGAGGGAGAGGAAGUGCCCGAGUCGGGUCCGCUGCAGGCUUUGCCAAGCUACUCGGACGAGAUGAACACCGACGACGAGGAGAUGCCCAUCGAGCCACCCGCGAACAGUUGGACCGCCUAUGCAGGAGCCAACACGCCAGAGCCUCUCGGCGGAGCCUCGUCGCACGCUACCACAGCCGUCCUCAGUGCUUCCAGCCCAUCAAUGACUCAUGCAAACCGUGCAAGAAUUGGAACCGGACAGGGAGCGGGGAAUGCACCGCAGGCGACAGAGCCACAGCCGCGGUACGCUGCACAGCUGGUGUUUGACGAUCGAAAGAAAGUCUACUAUCUGCACGGCGGCAAUCCGGAAGAUGCGUCCGAUCGGUCAUACCGCCUCGACGACUUUUGGCGUUUGACCUUGCUGCGACCUACGCCUGGCGAGAUUCUGCGCAGGGCUAAGUUCAGGGUCAGACGACAGCGUUUCCUCGAGAUGACACGCAACCUUGCGCCGGUGAUGAACGACUCGGACGAGGACGUGACUGGCGCCGUAGCAUCUUCAUCGCCACCGCCUGCUGCAGUGCCGACUACAUCAGGGUUUGCUUUGGAUGGUGGACCGCGUCUAGGGUUGGAAGCGCUCAUGUAUCUGCAGACGGAAGUGGGAGCGGUGGUGGAUCAUUCGGACGAAGCGGAAUCACGACUCUUCCGCCGACUCAUGUCGCAUCUGCUGAACGCUGAAACGGGUAGUGGCGGCAACAGUACGUCUGCUGGACGCAUGGCUGCUUUGACGGGCGAUGUCAGCGCAGCGGCAGACGAGACGCUUGUCGCGGCCGAUCGUGUCAGCCUGGGCGGUGGCAGCGCCGGUGGGGUCGGAUCAUCUCCCCUCAACCCGAAUGCGGCCAUGACAGGUGCAGACAGCUGGAGCGGAGCAGCAGGAUCCAAGCGCACACGCGAAGAGGCCGAGACGGACGAAACCGACCUCGCCAGCUCGGUCUCCUCGCUCAUGAGCGGAGACGAUGCAGGAUCCGAAAUGAUGCUAUCCGCUUCUCAGGUGCUGCAGCAUCGAACCAGGAAGGUAGCCGCUGCGAGGAUGCUACCGACGUGGAAUGCAUCCUCGGUUCAAGGAGCACGGGAGAGAGAGUCAGAACAUAUGAGGAUACGCUAUGUUGAAGAGUUAUGGAUAGGUCGAUCGGGUGCCCGAUAUGACUCCGCUGAUCGACACAGUGAAAACGCGCUAUUUGUCCGUGCGUAA